GCGGGUGCCAUGUGAGCCCAGCUUGGCUCUCCUCCUGCCCGCCCUCCUCCUGCCUGCCUCUGCCUGACCCGUCUCUCCAAAGAAAAAUACUUGGCACCAUGUCUCUGCUCAACCCUGUCCUGCUGCCCCCCAAGGUGAAGGCCUAUCUGAGCCAAGGGGAGCGCUUCAUCAAAUGGGACGAUGAAACAACAAUAGCCUCCCCGGUUAUCCUCCGUGUGGACCCCAAGGGCUACUACUUAUACUGGACAUAUCAGAGUAAGGAGAUGGAGUUUCUGGAUAUCACCAGCAUCCGGGACACCCGCUUUGGGAAGUUUGCCAAGAUUCCCAAGAGCCAGAAGCUCCGGGAUGUCUUCAACAUGGACUUUCCUGACAACAACUUCCUGCUGAAGACACUCACCGUGGUGUCUGGCCCUGACAUGGUGGACCUGACCUUCCACAACUUCGUCUCCUACAAGGAGAAUGUGGGCAAGGACUGGGCUGGAGAUGUGCUGGCCCUGGUCAAGCACCCGCUCACAGCCAACGCCCCCCGCACCACCUUCCUAGACAAGAUCCUGGUGAAGCUCAAGAUGCAGCUCAACCCUGAAGGGAAGAUUCCUGUGAAGAAUUUUUUCCAGAUGUUUCCUGCUGACCGCAAGCGGGUAGAAGCAGCUCUCAGUGCCUGCCACCUCGCCAAAGGCAAAAACGACGCCAUCAAUCCUGAGGACUUCCCAGAAUCUGUCUACAAGAGUUUCCUCAUGAACCUCUGUCCUCGGCCUGAAAUAGACGAGAUCUUCACUUCCUACCACGCCAAAGCCAAACCCUACAUGACCAAGGAGCACUUGACCAAAUUCAUCAACCAGAAACAGAGGGACUCCCGCCUCAACUCCUUACUGUUCCCGCCAGCGCGGCCUGACCAGGUGCAGGGCCUCAUCGAAAAGUAUGAGCCCAGUGGCAUCAACGUGCAGAGGGGCCAGCUGUCACCCGAGGGCAUGGUGUGGUUUCUCUGUGGGCCGGAGAACAGCGUGCUGGCCCAGGACAAGCUGCUGCUUCACCACGACAUGACACAGCCACUCAAUCAUUACUUCAUCAACUCCUCACACAACACGUACCUGACAGCUGGCCAGUUCUCAGGCCUCUCCUCCGCUGAGAUGUACCGCCAGGUACUGCUGGCUGGCUGCCGCUGUGUGGAAUUGGACUGCUGGAAGGGGAAGCCCCCCGAUGAGGAGCCUAUCAUCACCCAUGGCUUUACCAUGACCACAGACAUCUACUUCAAAGAAGCAAUUGAAGCAAUUGCAGAAAGUGCCUUUAAGACCUCCCCCUAUCCUGUCAUCUUGUCAUUUGAAAACCACGUGGACUCACCCCGCCAACAGGCCAAGAUGGCUGAGUACUGCCGGACAAUGUUUGGCGAUAUGCUGCUCACAGAGCCCCUGGAACAGUUUCCGCUGAAACCAGGCACCCUCCUGCCCAGCCCUGAGGAUCUCCGUGGCAAGAUCCUCAUCAAAAACAAGAAGAACCAGUUUUCUGGCCCAGCAUCCCCUGGCAAGGAGCCAGGUGGGGAGGCUGAGGGCAGCGGCCUACCUGAUACCCCUGUGGUUGGGGACACAGUGUGGGCUGGUGAGGAAGGGGCUGAGCUGGAGGAGGAAGAGGAGGUGGAAGAGGAAGAGGAGGAGUCAGGAAACCUGGAUGAAGAAGAGAUAAAGAAGAUGCAAUCAGAUGAGGGCACAGCGGGCCUGGAAGUGACAGCUUACGAGGAGAUGUCCAGCCUAGUCAACUACAUCCAGCCCACCAAGUUCAUUUCCUUUGAGUUCUCUGCCCAGAAGAACCGAAGUUAUGUCAUCUCCUCCUUCACGGAGCUCAAGGCUUAUGACCUGCUUUCCAAGGCCGCAGUGCAGUUUGUGGACUACAACAAGCGCCAGAUGAGCCGCAUUUACCCCAAGGGCACCCGCAUGGACUCCUCCAACUACAUGCCCCAGAUGUUCUGGAACGCUGGUUGCCAGAUGGUCGCCCUCAACUUCCAGACGAUGGACCUGCCCAUGCAGCAGAACAUGGCACUAUUUGAGUUCAAUGGGCAGACCGGCUACCUCCUCAAGCAUGAAUUCAUGCGUCGGCCAGACAAGCAGUUCAACCCGUUCUCAGUGGACCGCAUCGACGUGGUGGUAGCCACCACCCUUUCCAUUAAGGUAAUCUCUGGGCAGUUCCUGUCAGAACGCAGUGUGCGCACCUAUGUGGAAGUGGAGCUGUUUGGCCUUCCUGGGGACCCCAAGAGGCGCUAUCGCACCAAGCUGUCACCCACUACCAACUCUAUCAAUCCUGUCUGGAAUGAGGAGCCCUUUGUCUUUGAGAAGAUCUUGAUGCCUGAGCUGGCCUCCCUCAGGGUGGCCGUGAUGGAGGAAGGCAACAAGUUUCUUGGGCACCGCAUCAUCCCCAUCAAUGCCCUAAAUUCUGGAUACCACCAUCUGUGCCUGCGCAGUGAGAGCAACAUGGCCCUCACCAUGCCAGCGCUCUUUAUCUUCCUGGAGAUGAAGGACUAUGUUCCUGACACCUGGGCAGAUCUCACUGUGGCCCUCGCCAAUCCCAUCAAGUUCUUCAGUGCCCAUGAUAAGAAGUCUGUGAAGCUCAAGGAAGCCAUGGGAGAUCUGCCUGAGAAGCCCUUCUCUCUCGGGAGUCCAGCUGCCAGCCAGGUCAACGGAGCAACUGCCCCAACCAGCAAUGGGUCAGCAGAGCCGCGGACCACCAGUCUGGAGGAGCUGCAGGGGCUGAAGGGCGUCGUGAAGCUGCAGCGGCGGCACGAGAAGGAGCUGCGGGAGCUGGAGCGGCGCGGCGCGCGGCGCUGGGAGGAACUGCUGCAGCGCGGCGCGGCACAGCUGGCGGAGCUCGGGCCGCCGGGCGCGGGGGGCGGCUUCGGGGGCCGCAGGCUCGGCCCGGGCAAGGGCUCCCGCAAGAAAAGGACGCUGCCCUGCGAGGAGACCGGCUGGGCCACGCUGGGCGAGGGCCCCGAGGGCGCGGAAACGCUCGUCCGCGAGCUGAGGGACCGGCUGGAGCUGGAGCUGCUGCAGCAGGGCGAGGAGAAGUACGAAUGCGUCCUGAAGCGCAAGCAGCAGCAAGUGGCCGAGCAAAUCGCCAAGAUGAUGGACCUGGCCAGAGAGAAACAGGUUGCAGAGCUUAAGACCCUCAAGGAGACCUCGCAGAGUGACACCAAGGAGAUGAAGAAGAAGCUGGAGGCCAAGAGGCUGGAGCGGAUCCAGGCCAUGAUCAAGGUCACCACCGACAAGAUGGCCCAGGAGAGAUUGAAAAGAGAGAUUAACAACUCCCACAUCCAAGAGGUAGUACAGGUCAUCAAGCAGAUGACAGAGAGCCUGGAGAGGCACCAGGAGAAGCUGGAGGAGAAGCAGGCAGCCUGCCUGGAACAGAUCCGAGAGAUGGAAAAGCAGCUCCAGCAGGAGGCGCUGGCAGAGUACGAGGCCAGGAUGAAGGGCCUGGAGGCCGAGGUGAAGGAAGCAGUGAGGACCUGCCUCAGGCCCUGCUUCCCCUCGGAGGCUGAGGACAAGCUUGAGAGGCCCUGUGGGACCUCCAGGGAGCCGUGUGAGCUGGACCCACCUACAGCCAAGAAAGACAUCCAGGAGAGCAUCCUCUGAUACCCCCAUCCAACUGGGACAUUCUGCAAGGACAUGUCUCCUUCCCUUGGAGG